AUUUAUUCAGACCGGUUUGUGAAUGAUUUACAACUCAAACUCCAUUUAUGUGACUUUAGAAUUUUAAUAUUGGCAAAAACUUUUCUAUCAAGCAUUGUGUUUUUUCACCUAUGCUUUCUUGGUUCAUUGAGUCAGAGCUCACCGGUUGAAUAACUAUGCUAUCACAAUUGUAAGAUCCACUAAAAAUUGGUCUCAUGGCAGAUCAUGAUGCAGAAUCUUCCUCCUCACAUUUCAUAUAUGAUGUUUUUCUGAGCUUUAGAGGCUUCGCCCGAUACAGAUUCACAGAUUGCCUCUAUCAUGCUUUGUGUGAGAGAGGAAUCACCACCUUCAGAGAUGAUGAGAACCUCAGAGUUGGUGAUAGAAUCAGAUAUACUCUUCUUGAAGCCCUUGAAAGAUCCAGGAUGUCUAUUGCUGUGCUGUGUAAGGACUAUGCUUCUUCCACAUGGUGUUUGGAUGAACUAGCACAGAUCAUGAAGUCCUGGAAUAAUGGAAAAUUUCGACCAGUUUUGCCAAUAUUUUAUCAAGUGGAACCAUCAGAUGUGAGGCGCCAGAGGAACCAAUAUGAAAAAGACAUGAUGAAGCAUGAAGACAGAUAUGGCAAAGACUCCCAUGAUAUAAAAGCAUGGAGGUCGGCUUUGCGUGAAGUGGCCAAUCUAAGUGGAGUGACUUGUACAGUGAAGAGCUAUGAAAGUGAGAUUAUCAACAAAAUUGUUCAAGAGGUCUCGGAGAAGCUUCCUCCUGAACCACUAUACAUUAAGCAUCCAAUUGGUUUUGAUUCUCACUUUGAAGCAGUGGAAUCACUUUGGAAUAUUGAAUCUGACAAUACCAUUUGCAUGCUGGUCAUGUAUGGAGAUGGUAACAAGACCACAUUUGUUGGAGAGUUGUUUAACAAGUUCAGGCAUCAAUUUGAAGCUGCGAGUUUUCUUCAUAAAGUCUCUGAAAAAUCAAGGAGGAGUGCUGAUGACCUAGAAAAUCUCCAAGAAACACUUUUGCAUGAAAUGGGUGUGCAUAAAAAACCUAAGCUGGGAAGCAUGUUAAAAGGAUCUUCUAUUAUAAAACAAAGUUUGCAUAAUAAAAGAGUCUUUCUAGUUCUUGAUGAUGUUGAUAGUAUAGAACAGUUGGAUUCAUUGGCAGGAGGAGGUGAUUGGUUUUGUCCUGGUAGUAGAAUUGUUAUAACAACAAGAGAUGCCAAAUUCCUAAAUAAUCAAGUGUUAGAUGGAUUCAAGAUUGAGAAAUAUUGCAUUAAUGAAGGUGAAUUCGAAGGAAUGCAAGGUGCUAGAUCAAAUCAGAAGAAAGAUAAGGUCUUCGAGGAAGAUAUGGUGGGCUUUGUGGAUAUCUUCAACAAUGUAACCAAGCAGUUGAAGGAAAAUGAGACCAAUCUUAAUGUUAUCUCGGUAAUAGGCAUGGGUGGUUUGGGUAAGACUACCCUUAUUAAAAAAAUUUACAACAAUAAUGAGGUGAAGAAGUUGUUCUCUUAUUGUGUGUGGAUUACCGUUUCUAAGGACUACAAAGCCACUGAGCUUCUUCAAAUCCUUCUGAAAGGUUGCGGGUUGUUUGAGUCUACUAAAGGCAAAGACAUAAGCAAGGAUGAUCAAAAGAGCAAGGUCCAAAAGUUCUUAGAGAAGAAGAAGUAUUUGAUAGUGCUUGACGACAUAUGGGAGCCUGAAGUUUGGGCUGAGGUAGAAUGCUUAUUUCCGGAUAACAAUAAUGGCAGUGCAAUAUUGAUAACACAUAAAAAAAUCAAAUAAAAAAACUAAAUUGAAAAUCUACAGCAUAAAGAAAUUUAUUAAAUUUAAAAACUAAUAUUGUAGAGAAUAUAGUAAAUUUGACAAUUUCAUGCAAGUAUUCUGUCAUCAUCAAGCAAUAAGCAUAAGCAAGGUUAAACGGAUAUGCACAUGGUGUGUUGAUUUGGUUUCUGAUAACAGGAGAAUUUUAAGAGAAUUU